AUGACUUCGCAGAUAAUUUUUNGAGAUGACAUUUUAGAAAGAGAUCUGAAUAUCAGAGAUGAAGAAUAUUUGGAACACAGCUCAUUGACAGGGCAAAAGUCAAUGCAAGGAGGAAAUGGUGAAGGCUAUAAACUACUAAAACCAGACGGAAGCAUACCAAAUCAACAAUUUGUAAAAACAGAUUCUUUACCUGCAUUUUGUAAUCCAGCCAACCCCUGCCCAUUGGGAUUUAAAGCUGAAGAUGGAUGUCUAGAGGAAUUUGAGAAUACAGCUCGAUUUUCUCGGAGUUAUCAAGAAGCUCAAAACUGUCUAUGUGACUCAGAACAUAUGUUUGAUUGCCCAGGAAACACCAGAGAAAAUGAAAUCGACGCCUUAGCCCGAUCAUUUGAAAAUGAGGGUUUAGCAGAUGCUACUCUAGAUAAACUGAUGCAAAAUAUGGAUAUAAGAAGUGACCACAAAGUUGUGGCGAAGAAAUUUUUCUCCCAUAAGUCACCAAAUCCGUUUUUACAAGGAGAAAAACUACCCGUGGUAGCAAAGAAAGCUCCUACAAUAAAGUAGCACAAACCUCCAAGAAGCCAGUCAUGAUCUUAGAUCGUUAAAUUGUAGAAAUAUUUCAUGUUUCUUUCUUGAAUGAUUUACGCUUAGUACUUUCCCAUACUUAUAUAAAUAUUUCCUUAUUGUACAAAAAAAAUGCUCUUGUUGGAUUUUAAAAAAAAAAUAUUUUGAAAAGCAAAGGUUAGAAGUGGACCAUGUAUGCAGAUGUUGUAAGCCCCGCUGUUGAUAUGCCUGUAACUAUAUAAAUCCUUUAUUAGUGUAAUUAUAUAAAAAUGACAAUAAACGUUAUUUGUUGUUCAUUAAA